AUGACACCAGCUCCGGGAACUUUGCCUACCAAGUUCCCUGUUUGGUGCAGAGCUGUAUAUUCAUUCAGCGGGGAGCUCCGACAAAACCGAAGAUGA